UGGGUCUUCCUUAUCUUUGCCCUUGCAAUCAAAGCCGCCUUUGUGACCAUCUGCCUUGUGGCUCUACUUGAUGGAAGGUCUAGCCAGUACAAGACUGUCCUCCAGAACUCUACAGAGUGGUUCUGUGCCCCCAGCAGUUCUUCAGAAAAAAUGGAUGGCUGGACAUGCUGCCCAAAGGGCUGGAAAAGGUUUCAAAGAAGCUGCUAUUUCCUGUCCUCUGACACAAUGAACUGGGCUGAGAGUGAGCAGAACUGCACUGGGAUGGGCUCCCAGCUGGUGGUGAUCAACAGCAAUGAAGAGCAGGAGUUCCUCUUCAACUUGGCAAAAGAAAAAGUUACUACCAUCUAUGAAACAAAGUACUACAUAGGCUUAUCUGCUUACAAAAAUGGGCAGUGGCAGUGGGUGGACAAGACUCCAUAUGAAAAUACAGCCACGUUCUGGAAACCUGGGGAGCCCAAUUUGCUCUUUGCAGAAAGAUGUGCUGCAAUUCAUGUAAAGGGAAACACAGACCCCAACACUUAUAGUAACUGGAAUAAUGUCCUUUGCAUCGCAAGUUGUUAUCGAAUUUGUGAACAGGCAGUCAAACUUCUCUGAGGAAGGACAUAAAAUCCAAGCUUCAAAGUACCUCAGUUCCCAGCCUGUGCCCCCGCAUUGCUUUACAAGCUGGAGAUCAGUCCUGGAUGAAAUAGCUCAGGCUGAUGCCAAGGACCUACUGUGAACCUUUCCACUCUCCUCCUUCAGAAACAAGGGUCCUAAUUUUCCAUCACUUCCCUUGACUCCUGGUCCAACCAAUAUCUCAGUGAUGUGGAAAAGGCCAUCACUGUUUCAUGAAAGGAUACCUGUCCUUCAAAUCACUGGAGCAGAAUUUGAAAGAAGAGCAUUCAGUGGAGUAUCCUUAUCCCUCCUCUGAAGGGAAAAAUUAUUCAUGGCUGUAGCGUUCCUUCUCCUUCAGUAUAUUGUGUGUUGAUUAGUUUUUAGAAAAAAAAUAAUAAAUCUUAAUUCUACUCUUUG